AGGAGGCGGAGGCGGCGGCGGCGGCGGAAGAGGGCGGAGGGUAGUGGGAUGGGGGUCCCGCGGCCGCGCUGAAACUCUCGGUGGGCGUCUACGGCGCCGUGGCGCUGACAGGGGUGGCUGCAGCCUGCCUUCCGCUGUCGACAGCCGGGCGUCCGAGGAGCCGGUCCUUCCCCGGGGAGUCAGUUCCUCCCCGGGCCGCUGAGCCAUGCCCAUCGCGGCCGCCCGGGACAAGCCAGGUACAAAUUAAUUAUUGGAAAACCACUGAACAAUGGAGCCAGACAUCAUUCAAAUAUACUCUUCAUCUCCCCCACCACUAGACAAUGGAGCAGAGGAUGAUGAUGAAGAUGAAUUUGGGGAAUUUGGUGGAUUUUCAGAAGUUAGCCCUUCUGGUGUAGGGUUUGUUGACUUUGAUACACCAGAUUUUACUCGCUCCAAGGAAGACUUUGUACCUUCAAACCAUUUUAUGCCAAUUCAUGAUUAUUCAGAAAAUGUAGACAGCCUUCCAAGCUUUAAGUCCAUUAAAAAUGGUAAUGAUAAGGAUAUCACUACUGAACUUUCUACUUCUGUGAAAGGUCAGUCUGAUGUUGUACUUUCUACCACCAGCAAAGAAAUUAUUUCACCUAAAACUUUAGGUACUUCCAUUGAUGGCAUGGAAAGUCCGGGAGAUUUAAAUGAAGCAGUGGAACAAGGACCAAAUGCUGAACAACCCAGAAGUUUCUCUCCAGGAGAUUUUAGAACUGAUUUAAACAUUGUUCAUCAGACCAAGCAGUUAGAGAGCUGCAAUGGUGAAAAGCCUCCUGGUGUAGAAAUUCUAACAAAUGGGUUUGCAGGGUCAGAAACUGUAAAUCCUCAGGGAACAGAUGAUCUGGACAACAUAACUGAUUCAAAGGGAUGGAAGCCUCUUAGUGCUCACAGCGCUGAGUGUAGUUUUGAUUCUGCACCUAGUCCUGUUGAGGAAUUUGCAGAUUUUGCUGCAUUUUCCCAAAAGGAAAGGAUACAACUAGAAGAACUAGAACAUGCAGUUUUAAAUGAUGGGGAUCCACUCCCCAUUCAGGAAAGCAGCACCACUAACACAGCCAACGAACUGCGUUCUGUAGAAGUAUCUUUGGGUAGAAACUCUGAUGAUAAAGGAAACAUCAAUAGAGAACAUCAGGCCUGUGUUUCAGAAAUCAGUGGUGUAACCAACAGAGGUUUCCAUGUUGAAAAACAAGGCCUUCAAACACUGCAACAGGAUGAAUUUUUAAAUUCAAAUAUUCAGUCUGAGGCUUGGAGCUUAGUAGACUCAAUUGAUGAUUCUGAAGCCAUUAGGAUAGAGCAGUGUAAAGCUGAGGAAGAUGAUUUAUUUACUUCUAAAUGUGCUGACCUGUGCGUGGAUUCUGUUAAAACUUCUGAUGUUAAUGAAGAAGUUGGUUCUUCCAAAGAAGAGAGUAGAAAGUUUACUAAUACCGAAAGCCCAAAUGUUGAUCCCACAGAAGAAAAUGUUAUGGAUGAUUCUGCAAGCAUGAAAAAUGGUAAUAAUAGUAACAACUUUGUGAGUUGUCAUGGUACCAGUGAGGAUGAUUUUGGUGACUUCGGCACAGCCAGUGGCACCACUCCACCGUUUAUUACUGGUACUCAAGAUUCAAUGAGUGAUGUCACUUUUGAAGAGUCCUUGGAGCAUUUUCUACAUUUUGGUGAAACAGGUGAUGAUUUUGGAGAAUUUGAGGAGGAUACAAAUGCUGUUUCUAGCCAAGAAGAAAUGGUAUUUACUGAGUCAGACCUAAAACAGACUUCUGACAGCUUAUCAGAAGAGUAUCAGUUGGCAAAAGAGUCUAGUGGAAAAGGAAAUGAACCUGAUUCAAAACUGAAAAGUGGGCAAGACAAUGAGUUUGGGGAUUUUGAUUCUGUCCCAGAUGUUCAAGGCCACAGUAGUACUUUUCAAGACUCUGAUGAUUUUGCAGACUUCAGUUCAGCUGGUCCUAGCCAAGCUGUAGAUUGGAGUGCUUUUGAGGGUGAACAGAAAGAUGGUUGUUCUUGGGCUGCUUUUGGAGACCAGCAAGCUACUGAAUCUCAUCAUCGAAAGGAAGUCUGGCAGUCACAUAGGACAGAUGAAAAUACUGAUACUUUGGGUGUCCCUAAGAUGCACAGUGUUCCUUUAGCAGCUUCCAAAGGGACAGUUGCUAUUGGCCAUUUACAGGAAUCAGCCACUUCAGUUCAGACAGCUUUACUAAACCGCCUGGAGCGAAUUUUCGAAGCAUGUUUUCCUUCCAUAUUUGUCCCUGUUGCGGAAGAAGAAGUUACUUCCCUGAAGCACUUGCUGGAAACGAGCACCUUGCCAGUAAAAACAAGAGAGGCCUUAGCUGAAAGUGGUGAACUGCUGGAUGUGUGGACGGAACUGCAGGAUAUCCAUGAUGCACAUGGCUUGAGAUAUCAAUGGGGCGGCUCCCAUAGCAACAAGAAGCUUUUGUGCUCCUUGGGAAUAGACACUCGAAACAUUCUGUUCACCGGCAAUAAGAAGCAACCUGUUAUAGUACCCAUGUAUGCAGCAGGAUUGGGUAUGUUAGAACCCACCAAGGAACCAUUGAAACCACUGUCUGCUGCAGAAAAAAUCGCUUCCAUUGGUCAGACAAGCACCUUGACAGCAGAGAUGACCACAUGUACAUCUGAUCAAUUCCAGGAGUCUCUACCACCCGUCCAGUUUGACUGGAGUAGCAGUGGCCUUACUAACCCCUUAGAUGCUAGUGGAGGUUCCACUCUUCUGAACCUUGAUUUCUUUGGGCCCGUGGAUGACAGUAGCUCUAGCAGCAGCACCACAAUCCCAGGUGUGGAUCCCGAGUUGUAUGAAUUAACAACGGCUAAGCUGGAAGUCUCAACCUCAAGCCUCAGAGUGACUGAUGCAUUUGCAAAGCUCAUGUCCACAGUAGAGAAGACAAGCACAUCUACCAGGAAGCCGAAAAGAGAGGAGCACCUGAGUGAGGAAGCUGUCAGGGUGAUCGCCAGCCUUCCUGACUUAUCAUUCAUGCAUGCCAAGGUGUUGAUGUUCCCAGCCACCUUAACACCUUCCACAAGCUCCCAGGAACAAACAGACUGACAGCUGUUGGACUGGACGGUUCUAAAUACUUUUCCUCCAUCCUUUCCCUACCAUCAAAAGCAUACCUGCUAUAAUUAAAAAAAUCAAGUUCAGCUGAUUUGUUGGUAAGCCACCCUAGAAAGGUAUACAUAUGAUGUAUAUUUAUUUACAUACUGAAGUCCUAAAUUUAUAUUAGAAACAAAAUGUAAAUAAUCAGGGGAUGACCAUUUUUGAAGAUUUACUCUUUUUGUGUUGCUGGGGUGUAUACAUCUUUGUCUUUGUGAAUACACUGGUGGUGUCCUUCUUUAAAAAAAACUUUUGAAAUAAAAAAAGAAAAUUAAACCUCCAAUCUCUGCUGUCUGAGAUCCCCGUGGUACUUCGUGGAUGCUCUGAACGUGCUCUUCUUCCUGUCGUGUGUUGGACUACUUUUACUAUCGUAAAAAGCUCCAGAAUCCAUUUGAUUUUUCAUUUUGUGUGUGAUGGGUUUGUUUCAGAUCUGGCUUUCGUUAACAUCUUUGGUCUCUUUUUUAAUCUUUUCAAUCUGGCAUAUUGCUGUUUGAACUUCUGCAAAGGUAACAUCAUGGUCUGCUCUCUGGUUAUGGGGUCUGGAUCACUGUUGGAAUUUGAUUGGAAUGGGUUAAAGAUUGUGCCUCUUCUAAAUUAGCUUCAUUUGGAAAAGGACCAAAUUAUAUGAAUGUCUUAAUGAAAUUUAAUUGUCACUGAUUUGUUGUUGUUGUUGUUGUUCUGUCAUACCACUAUUUUUUUGAGGAUUUUGCACAGUGUAAAAUGACAUAAUCAUAGAUUGCUAUGGUUUAGGCUGUAUAUACAGUGAAAACUAUGGAUUUUAAAUGUUCGGGGAAAUUCCUAUGGAAAAGAGAGAGAGAUGUAGAAGAACCUCUAACAGGGUUAAUGUGCAUGCCCAAGGUUGUCUGAGAGUUCAUUGCGUAAAUUUUCUUUUAGCUUAUACAAAAAUAAAAUAAUUUAAAAUAAA